CAACACAUUUCUGAAACAAAUUUCAAGCUUCUACUUGAUGAAGAAACAGCUCAGGAGGCCUUGAUUCCACCUUGGGGACCAAGGCUUACAUUCAAAAAGAAACUUAAAGAAUUAUGUAACAUAGAGGUAUGUAACAAGCUAUUUAUUAGAUUUAAGAUGGCAUAAGAUGGCUUUGUUGAGUCUAUAGGACCAAGUGUUUUAAGGGAUAUGAAUUAAGUUAUUUAAGUAAUUUUUGUCAUUUCUGUUAAGUUCAAUUUGUGCAAACUGAAAGGGUUAAUGGAAGAUUUUGGUAAUUCAGCCCCAAGUCUGAUGAAGUCAUUGAUACCAUUUUUAUGUCUCUGCAUUCAGUUCGCAAGCCAUUUCUAAGUAGGAUUAGCACAAUGACUGGAAGUCUACCGGAACAUGCUAGCUUUAAUCAUUUUCCAAAAUACAAUAGCAUACACAUCUUAAACUAAAGAUUUCUAUGAAAUAUAUAUAGAAUUUAUUUUAAUUAACCUGUUGAUGAUUAGAUUUGGUUGUUUUUCAGAUUGAGCCCUCAACCAGUAAGAUGCUCUCUCCCUGUGCUACCUCUACUCCAGGUACAAAAGCUAUUGAGCACAUAUAUUGCGACUAUACAUAUGUUUUUAUUAUUAUUUGUAUUAUUAUAAAAAAUAAAAAUAAAUUUUGUAGCGCCUUCAGUGUGAGAUAGUGUUUUACAAAUUAAAUAAAUUACUAUUUUUAUUGUCAUUAUUAUAUUGUGUAAUAUGUUGAACUAUUACAAAACACUUUAUUUGUAUAUAAAAAAAUAUGUGAAAUAGAUCAAAUGGUCAAAUCCUAUUUCCCAUGUAAAUUAGCCUUUGAGUGAUCAAAACAUCACCCAUAAUAUAUUUUCCAAAUUAGAAUGCUCAGAAUUGGAGUGUACCCUUUCUCUCAUCUCUAACCAUCAGUAAGGCUGUAGGACAGACUGAAUGGUCGGGGGGGAUAAUAUUAAUAAGCUCUCCUAGCUUGCAGAUAGACAAUAAGAUGCUGUGAUGUUGCAUCUUGCCCCAAUAGGCCAAUAGUUAGGCUAUCUGGCUGAACUCAGAUUUUUGACACAGAGGAGAAAGCCAGUUAUUUUUUAAUGUAACUUUAUUGAUGUACAAGCAACAGUCGUUUUUCAUAAUUUGGUUACCCCUUGAACUGUUUCAUCCAAAUAUCAUCAGAUUUGAUGAAAAACAAUGGUUUUGACUGUUAAGAAACUUAAAUGAAUGUCAAUUAUGAAUAAUACCAAUAUUAUUGGCAUAGCAACUACUGCACACACAUACUGUACACACACAAUAUUUAAUCCAUGUCAAUAAUGAUGAACUGCUGAUUUUCAGCCAAAAGGAAAGCUGAUGAGGCUAAUCCACCAAUAACCAAUACACCCAAACAGCUUUGUGGCACUCUAUUGGGAAGAGCAGGUAGGAGGCUAAUUAUUAUUGGCAUAGCAAAUGUUGAAGUACCACACCCUUGAUAGAUACUGUCUUACAUUCUAAGCUUCAAGAGUACCUUUUUCCAGUGUGAUAUUUCUGCAACUUUUAGAGUAAUGUAUUUUUGGUUCCAUUAGAAGGUUUAUAACUUGUGUGUUUACUCUGCCUGGAAUAGAUGGCAUGACAAAGGGAAAAGAGAUCAUGAAACGGGUCAAAGGCAAACUCCAAAGCAAACCUGCCGAUCAUCAAAGUUCAUUGAAGUUCAAAGAAUUCCUUCGGCAAGUAUUUCUAAUGGGGAACAGUGAAUUGUAUCACUUCAAUUAUUUAAAUUGAUGAGAACAAUAACAUUUUCUUUCACUUCUAACAGCCAUAAAAUCAAAGUGUUGGAGACAGACAAAAAAGAGGUAGUGGGUGUAUUUGGGAAGACUGGCGCUGGUAAAAGCUAUUUGAUUAACAGCAUCUUGGAUCAGGGAAAUGUACUGCCCGUUGGAGACGUCAGUGCAUGCACCUCAGUCAUGAUUCAGGUGGAGGCUAACAUAACCAGGGACGGAAAAUACACUGCAGAGAUUGAGUUCAUUACACACGAGGUAAUAAUCUGUGUUUCAUAUGCCUUUAUUUAAAGGUUGAGUAUGUCAUUUUAGAAGCUUGCAGGAUGCAUUACUUACCAACAACAGCUGCAAAUCACAAAUAAUGACAUCACAUUUUGAAGUUUACUUUUCUUGCUUCGUCUAACUACACUAUCUUGAAUCUAGCAAAUCAUUUUUGUGGUGCAGUAUUUAUUCAUUUGUUCAUAGCGUAAACAUUUGCUAGCAAGUUCCUCACAUUGGCUUUAACCAUAGGGGGAGCAGGCUUGUUCUGGCAUGUCCAGGGGGUUGCCUAGCAACACUUGCCUUGGAAGGGAGGCAACAUUGGCAUAGCUGGACAAAUUCCCAUGAUUCUAUGCUAGAUACGGACCAAACAAUUAGUGUGACUAUUGUCUAUCCGCAAAAUGGCUUUGAAAAAUAUAUUUUUUCUACAUUAACUACAUUAUGUCUUUCACUAAUUAUAAACAAUAUACAGUACCAGUCAAAAGUUUGGACACACCUACUCAUUCAAGGGUUUUUAUUUAUUUUUUACUAUUUUCUACAUUGUAGAAUAAUAGUGAAGACAUCCAAACUAUGAAAGAACACACAUGGAAUCAUGUAGUAACCAAAAAAGUGUUAAACAAAUCAAAAUAUAUUUUAUAUUUGAGAUUCUUCAAAUAGCCACCCUUUGCCUUGAUGAUAGGUUUGCACACUCUUGGCAUUCUCUCAACCAGCUUCACCUGGAAUGCUUUUCCAACAGUCUUGAAGGAGUUCCCACAUAUGCUUAGAACUUGUUGGCUACUUUUCCUUCACUCUGCUGUCCGACUCAUCCCAAACCAUCUCAAUUGGGUUGAGGUCGGGGGAUUGUGGAGGCCAGGUCAUCUGAUGCAGCACUGCAUCACUCUCCUUCAUUAUAAAAUAGCCCUAACACAGCCUGGAGGUGUGUUGGGUCAUUGUCCUGUUGAAAACAAAACAGGACAAUGAAGGUCAGUCAGUACAGAACAUUUCAAGAACUUUGAAAGUUUCUUCAAGUGCAGUCGCAAAAACCAUCAAGCGCUAUGAGCAAAAACCAUCAAGCGCUAUGAUGAAACUGGGUCUCAUGAGGACCACCACAGGAAUGGAAGACCCAGAGUUACCUCUGCUGCAGAGGAUAAGUUCAUUAGAGUUAUCAACCAAUAAAAUGCUUCACAGAGUUCAAGUCACAGACACAUCUCAACAUUAACUGUUCAUGGUCGAAAUGCUGCAAAGAAACCACUACUGAAGGACACCAAUAAUAAGAAGAGACCUGCUUGGGCCAAGAAACACAAGCAAUGGACAUUAGACCGGUUGAAAUGUGUCCUUUGGUCUGGAGUCCAAAUUGGAGAUGUUUGGUUCCAACCGCUGUGUCUGUGUAAGACGUGGUGUGGGUGAAUGGAUGAUCUCCGCAUGUGUAUUUCCCAUCAUAAAGCAUGGAGGAGGAGGUGUUAUGGUGUGGGGGUGCUUUGCUGGUGACACUGUCUGUGAUUUAUUUAGAUUUCAAGGCACGCUUAACCAGCAUGGCUACCACCACAUUCUGCAGCGAUAUCAAAUAUACUUUGAUUUGUUUGACACAUUUUUGGUUACUACAUGAUUCCAUAUGUGUUAUUUUAUUGUUUUGAUGUCUUCAAUAUUAUUAUACAAUGUAGAAAAUAGUAAAAAUUAAGAAAAACUCUUGAAUGAGUAGUUGUGCUUUUGUGGAAAAAUUUUUUAUUUUUCAUGUAUUUUACUUAUAUUCACUAGGAAUGGGUAGAGGAGCUUCAGUCCAUCUUAGCAGAGAGAAAAUCAGUGGAGGGAAAUGAUGGUGAGAACGAGGACAGUGAUGGCGUCAUAGAUGAAUAUGAUGAUGCUGAAAAGAUCCGUGCACUGUACAGAGAAGAUGGAAAUAAUGCCUCUGUGAAUGAUCUGAUGGACAGCAAUCACUUUAGAUCAAUUCCAGAGUUUCUCUCAGGAAAAAAGAAAGAAUUUAAAACAUCUCAGGUAGGCACCCAUAUUAGAUUGUAAUUAUAUAAAACCAUACAAUUAUGAUAACACGAAAUGCUGUAAAAGUUAUUUUGUAACAGGUGCUAGUUUGUGAGCAAUCUUUACUAAAGGAGUUGUUGCACUUCCCUGCACUUUAAAAUUAGGCUUAUCACACAUUUUCAGUGGCACAUCGCUGGUCCAAGAAAAUUAGUAUACUGUAGGGUCUGAAAUUAUUGACACCCUUGAUAAAGAUGAGCAACAAUGACUGUAUAAAAUAAGUAAUUCAAUACUGAGCUAUAUUGUAUGCCAAAAAAAAAGGGAAAUUAUAUCAUUUUAUACUAAUACAUUUGCUCAGAGAAUGUUAUUUUUAUUUUUUUAAAGAUAGGGGUCCAAAUUAAUGACACCCCUGUUUUCAAUACCUUUCAAUAGCCUUUGUGAAGAUAACAGCACUGAGCCUUUUUCGAAAAAAAUGUAUGAGUUGGAGACCACAUUGGGAGGGAUCAUAGACCAAUCCUUCCAAAUCCUUGACAUCCUUUGUCUCCGAAGGAUGUUGAUUUUUUGGCCAAUUAACCAUUUAUUUGUGGAUUUCGAUGAGUGCUUGGGGAUAUUGUCUUUCUGAAACAUCCAUUUGCGGCCAAGUUUCAGCUUCCUGGCAGGGGCAACCAAGUUUUUGCCUAAAAUAUUGUCGUGACGUGACUUUCAUUAAUGUGAUGACUGUUAUUUAUCGAAUCAACUAACUAUGUUUAAUUUAAUUACUAAAUUAAAUUAAUCAUGUAACAAUUAACUGGGGCACCACGGAAGAAGUUGUUUAAUGAGUUACCAUCUCUUGAAUUAAACUCUUAGAAGAUAAAUCAUUACCUCAUAUCAGUCUCAUUCUGAACGUCGCAAAAUCCUUGAAUCCGCCAGAACCCUAACCUUACUUUUGAGUCAGCAAUACACAAGUUGGCUUAAUCAUUUAUUUACUAGCUAACUAAAUAAUAACAGAGAAUACAUACAAACUUAAACAUGAGAAAAGUAUCUAGCGGACUAACAGCAUGACUACUUGGUUAUGAAAAUUAGAGGGGUCAAUAGGAGGGAGAGAGGGACAAAGAGAGUCAAUCAAUCAAUCACAUUUUAUUUAUAAAGCCCUUUUUACAUCAGCAGAUGUCACAAAGUGCUAUACAGAAACCCAGCCUAAAACCCCAAACAGCAAGCAAUGCAGAUGUAGAAGCACGGGGGCUAUGAAAAACUCCCUAGAAAGGCAGAAACCUAGGAAGAAACCAGGCUCUGAGGGGUCCCCUUCUGGCUGUGCCGGGUGGAGAUUAUAACAGUACUUGGCCAUUAAGGCCAGAUUCUUCUCCAAGAUGUUCAAACGUUCAUAGAUGACCAGCAGUAAUCAAAUCAAAUUUACGUUUACAUUUUAGUCAUUUAGCAGACGCUCUUAUCCAGAGCGACUUACAGUUAGUGAGUGAGUGCAUACAUUAUUUUUUGCAAAUAGUCUGGGUAGCCAUGAUUAGCUGUUCAGGAGUCUUAUGGCUUGGGGGUAGAAGCUGUUGAGAAGCCUUUUGGACCUAGACUUGGUGCUCCGGUACUACUUGCCGUGCGGUAGCAGAGAGAACAGUCUAUGACUAGGGUGGCUGGAGUCUUUUACAAUUUUGAGGGCCUUCCUCUGACACCGCCUUGAAUAGAGGUCCUGGAUGGCAGGAAGCUUUGCCCCAGUGAUGUACUGGGCCGUACGCACUACCCUCUGUAGUGCCUUGCGGUCGGAGGCCGAGCAGUUGCCAUACCAGGCGGUGAUGCAACCAGUCAGGAUUCUCUCGAUGGUGCAGCUGUAGAACUUUUUGAGGAUCUGAGGACCCAUGCUAAAUCUUUUCAGUCUCCUGAGGGGGAAUAGGCUUUGUUGUGCCCUCUUCACGACUGUCUUGGUGUGUUUGGACCAUGAUAGUUUGUUGGUGAUGUGGACACCAAGGAACUAGAAGCUCUCAACCUGUUCCACUACAGCCCUGUCGAUGAGAAUGGGGGCGUGCUCAUUCCUCUUUUUUUUCCUGUAGUCCACAAUCAUCUCCUUUGUCUUGGUCACGUUGAGGGAGAGGUUGUUAUCCUGGUACCACACGGCCAGGUCUCUGACCUCCUCCCUAUAGGCUGUCUCAUCGUUGUCGGUGAUCAGGCCUACCACUGUUGUGUCGUCGGCAAACUUAAUGAUGGUGUUGGAGUCGUGCCUGGCCAUGCAGUCAUGGGUGAACAGGGAGUACAGGAGGGGACUGAGCACGCACCCCUGAGGGGCCCCCGUGUUGAGGAUCAGCGUGGCAGAUGUGUUGUUAACUACCCUUACCACCUGGGGGCGGCCCGUCAGGAAGUCCAGGAUCCAGUUGCAGAGGGAGGUGUUUAGUCCCAGGAUCCUUAGCUUAGUGAUGAGCUUUGAGGGCACUAUGGUGUUGAACGCUGAGCUGUAGUCAAUGAAUAGCAUUCUCACAUAAUAAUAUUUAUUAUAAUAAUAUGCCAUUUAGUCCAGGUGGGAAAGGGCAGUGUGGAGUACAAUAGAGAUUGCAUCAUCUGUGGAUCUGUUGGGGCGGUAUGCAAAUUGGAGUCGGUCUAGGGUUUCUGGGAUAAUGGUGUUGAUCUGAGCCAUGACCAGCCUUUCAAAGCACUUCAUGGCUACAGACGUCAGUGCUACAGGUCGGUAGUUUCAGUGCAUUUAUUUUAAACAAAAAAGUAAGAAUAAAACAACAACAAAAAAAGUGUUGAGAAAAAAAGAGCAGAAGUAAAAUAAAGUGACAGUAGGGAGGCUAUAUAUACAGUAAAAUAAAGUGACAGUAGGGAGGCUAUAUAUACAGGGGGGGUACCGUUGCAGAGUCAAUGUGCGGGGGCACCGGCUAGUUGAGGUAGUUGAGGUAAUAUGUACAUGUGGGUAGAGUUAAAGUGACUAUGCAUAAAUUCUUAACAGAGUAGCAGCAGCGUAAAAAGGAUGGGGUGGGGGGGCAGUGCAAAUAGUCCGGGUAGCCAUGAUUAGCUGUUCAGGAGUCUUAUGGCUUGGGGGUAGAAGCUGUUGAGAAGUCUUUUGGACCUAGACUUGGCACUCCGGUACCGCUUGCCGUGCGGUAGCAGAGAGAACAGUCUAUGACUAGGGUGGCUGGAGUCUUUGACAAUUUUGAGGGCCUUCCUCUGACACCGCCUGGUAUAGGCAGGUUAUCUUAGUGUCCUUGGGCACAGGGAAUAUGGUGGUCUGCUUGAAACAUGUUGGUAUUACAGAUUCAGUCAGGGACAUGUUGAAAAUGUCAGUGAAGACACUUGCCAGUUGGUCAGCACAUGCUCGGAGUACACGUCCUGGUAAUCCAUAUGGCCCUGCGGCCUUGUGAAUGUUGACCUGCUUAAAAGUCUUACUCACAUCGGCUACGGAGAGCGUGAUCACAUAGUCAUCCGGAACAGCUGGCGCUCUCAUGCAUGCUUCAGUGUUGCUUGCCUCGAAGCGAGCAUAGAAGUGGUUUAGCUCGUCUGGUAGGAUUGUGUCACUGGGCAGCUCGCGGCUGUGCUUCCCUUUGUAGUCUGUAAUAGUUUUCAAGCCCUGCCACAUCCGACGAGCAUCAGAACCGGUUUAGUAUGAUUCAAUCUUAGUCCUGUAUUGACUCUUUGCCUGUUUGAUGGUUUGUCGGAGGGCAUAGCGGGAUUUCUUAUAAGCGUCCGGAAUAGAGUAAGGCUCCUUGAAAGCGGCAGCUCUACCCUUUAGCUCAGUGCGGAUGUUGCCUGUAAUCCAUGGCUUCUGGUUGGGGUAUGUACAUGUGGUCAAUGUGGGGACGACGUCAUCGAUGCACUUAUUGAUGAAGCCAGUGACUGAUGUGGUGUACUCCUCAAUGCAGAAUCCCGGAACAUGUUCCAGUCUGUGCUAGCAAAACAGUCCUGUAGCUUAGCAUCUGCGUCAUCUGACCACUUUUUUAUUAACCGAGUCACUGGUGCUUCCUGCUUUAGUUUUUGCUUAUAAGCAGGAAUCAGGAGGAUAGAUCUAUGGUCAGAUUUGCCAAAUGGAGGGCGAGGGAGAGCUUUGUAUGCGUCUCUGUGUGUGGUGGUCUAGAGUUUUUUUUCCUCUGGAUGAGCAUUUUCCUGUUCACUUAUGGCCUUAUACAGCUCAUUGAGUGCAAUCUUAAUGCCAGCAUUGGUUUGUGGUGGUAAAUAGACAGCUAUGAAAAAUAUAGAUGAAAACUCUCUUGGUAAAUAGUGUGGUCUACAGCUUAUCAUAAGAUACUCUACCACAGGCGAGCAAAACCUCGAGACUUCCUUGGUAUUUGAUUUUGUGCACCAGCUGUUGUUUACAAAUAUACACAGACCGCCAUCCCUUGUCUUAUCGGAGUCAGCCGUUCUAUCUUGCAGAUGUAGUGUAUAGCCCGCUAGCUGUAUGUUGUCCAUGUCGUCAUUCAGCCAUGACUCGGUGAAACAUAAGAUAUUACAGUUUUUAAUGUCCCGUUGGUAGGAUAACCGUAAUCUUAGGUCGUCUACCUUAUUUUCAAAUGAUUGAACAUUGGCUAAUAGGAUUGAUGGAAGAGGCAGUUUACUCGCUCGCCUUUGGAUCCUUACAAGGCACCUCGACCUAUGUCCACGAUAUCUCUGUCUCUUUCACCUUCGAAUGACGGGGAUUUGGGCCUUGUCCAAUACGAGGUGAGUAAUCGCUGUCCUGAUAUCCAGACGCUCUUUUUGGUUAUAAGAGACGAUGGCAGAAACAUUAUGUACAGAAUAAAUGACAAAUAACGCGAAAAAACACACAUAAUAGUAUAAUUGGUUAGAGGGCUGUAAAACGGCAGCCAUCUUCACCGGCGCCAUCUGAUCUCAGUGGUUGUAGAGGUUGCAACAGGUCAGUACAUCAAGAGUAAAUGUCACUUGGCUUUUCAUAGCCGGGCAUUUAGAGUCAAACUUGUCGUACAUAUAUUUGGAAACUACGGUCACAGUAAUCAGAAUACUUAGCACCGUAACCACCGCCCGUUCGGAGUAAGAAACCAAUGAAUGUAUUUACGUGUUUGCCGCUCGUCUAUCUCUGUUGACCCAAGCCCUCUUGGAAAGACUGGGUCUUCGCUCAGCUCACUUGUAAGGCUCUGAUUGUCCACCAGAGCUCACAAUGUCCUUCUUUGUAGCGCUUCUCUGGUAGUGAAGUGUUUGUUAGAACAAAUACAGCAAUGGUUCAGAUGCACCAAUAGUUGUCUGAGAUGGGAUUCUCCUUUCUUCCCACCACGUGUCUUUAGUCAAAGUUCUAGACUACUUUACAUGUACAUAUGCGGACUGCCAAUGCGUUUUGGUCUAGUGAGUUUAUCUUCUUCACCUCGUGUUGAAAUUCAAAGUUCUAACCAUUUUCAACCGUGUAGCCACUGGUCUUUCUGGUCUAACCAUUUUGUAAUGUUUAGCUCACGCUUCACGUCUGCUGGUCUGCUGGUCCAAAGUUCUAACCAGUCUAAACGUGCAGUCGCCACUCUCACGUUUUCUGGUCUGAGGUAAAUUUAGUUACCAAGGCUUUUUAUCCUCGGGUAAAAAGGGGGCGUUCCAUCAUGCUCCCUUGGGGCGUGGUUACUGACUGGGCAAAGUUUAUAUGAAAAACGAUUAUCUCAUUAGAAGACUAAAAUCACAUUCCUAUCUUCACCAAAAUAUUCUCAUACUUAAUAAUAUAUUUUAUACAACAUUUAGAUGUAAACUUGAUAGAUAGAAUAUGUACACUUUCCGAGUUACAGUUAUUUAUUGAUACCAUCCUUAAUGACAUCACUAAAUAAUAAACAAUAUGACAUGAUUAUUCUUUAGAUCCCCACUGACCAUUCUUAACAUUCGGAUGAUAGAAAUAAAUGUUCCAAUUAUCACUUUUUUGGGAAAAAGGUUUUGGCGGCAAAAGUCUCUCUCUACACAAAGGCCUUAUUUUCUCAAUAAUAGAGAGACAGGAAGAGAGUUCUCUCCUGCUUAAAUUUACGACCCAGUGUUAAGUUGCCCUUAACAAGGUCCCCAGGACCAGUGGAGGUCAGAGUUGGGCUCAAUUCAGAAUUUUAUUGAGAAUGCCUCAUACUGUAAAUUCCUAUUCUAUUCUUGAAUUUUAAUUGAAGUAGUAUUUUUUUUUUUUAUAAAGUAAAAAUUUAACAGGAUACAGAAUUUAAAUUCGAAUGAAAGGAAAUAUAAUUUAAUUCAGUGAAAUUAAAUUAAAUGAAAAUACUUAUUAUAUUCUAUAUUAGGUGUAGUCUAUACAAAUAUACAUAUUGUACAUAAAACAUUAAACAUGUUGUUAUAUACUGUACAUGCAUAUACACUGAGUGUACAAAACAUUAGAAACACCUUCCUAAUAUUGAGUUGUUUGCCCUCAGAACAGCCUCAAUUCGUCUGGUCCAUGUUGACUCCAAUGCUUUCCACAGUUGUGUCAAGUUGGCUGGAUGUCCUUUGGGUGAUGGACCAUUCUGAAAUCCCCAGCAGCGUUGCAGUUCUUGACUCACUCAAACCGGUGCGCCUGGCACCUACUACCACACCCCGUUCAAAGGCACUUAAAUUUUUUUGGUCUUGCCCAUUCACCCUCUGAAUGGCACACAUACACAAUCUACUGUAUGUCUCAAUUGUGUCAAGGCUUAAACAUCCUUAUUUAACCUGUCUCCUUCCCUUCAUCUACACUGAUUGAAGUGGAUUCAACAAGUGACAUCAAUAAGGGUGUCAUGAUCGUUGACACAUGAUGAAGCGGACCAAGGCGCAACGUGAUAGGCGUACAUACUUUUAUUAGUGUACACACAACGAACCAAAACAAUAAACGAUACGUGAAGUCCUAGGUAAAUACACAAACCUUCCGGAACAAGAUCCCACAAUAAACUAGUGCCAAAAGGCUGCCUAAGUAUGGUUCCCAAUCAGAGACAACGAGAAUCAGCUGCCUCUGAUUGGGAACCACCCUGGCCAACAUAGAAAACUAGAACUAGAACACAACAUAGAAAAGAACACAUAGAAACUCCACACCCUGGCUCAACAUAUAAGAGUCCCCAGAGCCAGGGCGUGACAGUACCCCCCCCCCCCAAAGGCGCGGACUGCGACCGCGACAACCAAACCCAACAGGGGAGGGGCCGGGUGGGCAUUCCGCCUCGGAGGCGGAUCCGGCACCGGGCGUGACCACCACUCUUUGGCUACUCCCCCGUAGCGCCCCUGGUCUGGUCUGGCCCCGCUGGCCGGAGCUGGACUGGACACCGGUGGAGCGGAUUGCUCAGGCUCUGGUGUGGAGCAGCACGGGAUGUGCCGGACUGACGACGCGCACCACUGGCUUGGUGCGGGCAGGAACAGGCCGGACCGGGCUGGCGACGCGCACCACUGGCUUGGUGCGGGGAGCAGGAACGGGCCGGACCGGGCUGACGACGCGCACCACUGGCUUGGUGCGGGGAGCAGGAACAGGCCGGACCGGGCUGGCGACGCACACCACUGGCUUGGUGCGGGGAGCAGGAACAGGCCGGACCGGGCUGGCGACGCGCACCACUGGCUUGGUGCGGGGAGCAGGAACAGGCCGGACCGGGCUGGCGACACGCACCACUGGCUUGGUGCGGGGAGCAGGAACAGGCCGGACCGGGCUGGCGACGCGCACCACAGGCUUGGUACGGGGAGCAGGAACAGGCCGGACCGGGCUGGCGACACGCACUACAGGCUUGGUGCGAGGGACAGGAACAGGCCGGACCGUACUGGGAACACACACCACUGGCCUUGUGCGGGGAUCAGGAACGGGCCGGACUGGACUGGUAACACACCCCAGUACCUCUCGCCGUGCCUCUACACUCUCCUUCUCCCUCGUGACCAGUGGCCCCCGUAACCUGGCGGCCUCCUCUGCAAACCUGCCGAACCGCUCUAUCGCGGCCUCCUGCUGCCUCGCCGACCACGGUGUGAGCCCCCCCCCUAAACAUGGCCUCCAUGGCUCUCGCCAGACUCUCACUCUUCUCCUCCCACGUCCAUCCUCUCUCCUCGUCACGCUGCUUGAUCCAGUCGAGGUGGGAUCUUCUGUCACGAUUGUUGACACAUGAUGAAGCGGACCAAGGCGCAGCGUGAUAGGCGUACAUACUUUUAUUAGUGUACACACAACGAACCAAAACAAUAAACGAUACGUGAAGUCCUAGGUAAAUACACAAACCUUCCGGAACAAGAUCCCACAAUAAACUAGUGCCAAAAGGCUGCCUAAGUAUGGUUCCUAAUCAGAGACAACGAGAAUCAGCUGCGUCUGAUUGGGAACCACCCUGGCCAACAUAGAAAACACAAACUAGAACACAACAUAGAAAAUAACACAUAGAAACUCCACACCCUGGCUCAACAUAUAAGAGUCCCCAGAGCCAGGGCGUGACAAAGGGAUCAUAGCUUUCACCUGGAUUCAACUGGUCAGUCUAUGUCAUGGAUAAAGUGUUCUUAAUGUUUUGUACACUCAGUGUAUAUUUGGCUAUUCUAAGCACUAAGGUUAAAAUAGUAUAUUAACAUUGUUUCCAGAGAAAAGUUAUAUAUUCUUUGGUAUAUGGAAGUGUGACCUGUCAGAUUCAAUGAAACUCUCAUGUUCUAUGACUGAAUGGAAUUUCUUUGAAUUGCACUGAAUUAAAUUCUACUUCCUGUCAAACAAAAAUGUGGAUUCUACAUCCUGUGUGGUGUGGACAAUUUAAUUCUAAUUUCAACUCAUGAGUUGAAUGGGAGUCAAUUCCAAAUUCCAUAUUGCAUUCUCUCUGUUGUUCAUCCAGUUAAGCCUGUACUCGAUUUACAUUCAAAUAGAGCUCUUUGGCUAAACGUUACCUGACAACAAAGCAUAUGUUUAAUCUCGAGGAACUCAGUUUACCAGACGUCAAGUGAAAUGUGUCCCUCGCUAUCAAAUAAACAUCCGAAUCCAACUUUUCUCCAAACCGCACCAUAUUCCUGCCAAGUUAGACAGUGGGCUGCCGUUAGACCAAGCAUUUCAUGCGAAACUUCCUACCCCAAAACCUACAACUGUUUACACAGCAGGAAUAUGGUGCGGUGUGGACAAAAGUUGGAUUCAGAUGUUUACUUGAAAGCGAGGGACACAUUUCACUUUACGUCUGGUAAGUAGAGUUCCUAGAGAUUAAACAUAUGCUUUUGUUGACAGGAAACUUUUUUGGGGGGUGAAGCCGGCUAUAUUGUGGUAGGGUUAUUUGCGAUGCACAACUCAGGGAGUACAACCAAUACACAGACUCCUGAUGUUGUGUCCAAAAGCUACAACUUUACCUAGUACCAGGACAUUUUAGGCAAAAACCUGGUUGCCUCUGCCAGGAGGCUGAAACCUGGCCGCAAGUGGCUCUUCCAGCAAGACAAUAACCCCAAGCACACAUCAAAAUAUACAAAGAAAAUAUUUAUUGGCCACAAAAUGAACAUUUUGCAAUGGCCAUUCCAGUCUCCGGACUUGAAACCCAUUGAAAACCUGUGGUUUGAAUUAAAGAGGGCAGUCCAUAAGCGCAGACGAAGGAUAUCAAGGAUCUGGAAGGAUUCUGUAUAGAAGAAUACUCUAAGACCCCCCCCCAAUGUGUUCGCCAACACAUAAAACAUUUUAGAAUUUUAACCCCUACAUUUUUUAUAUAUUUUUAUAUUACCUGUUAAACAAAAUCUCUUUCUCUAAACAAUUGUAAAAUAUUAUAAUUUCCACAUUAUUUUGUUUGCAUACAAUAUAGCUCAUCUUUAUCAAAGGUGUCAAUAAUUUAGAACCCCACUAUGUAUGCCAUGUUUCGCUUCGAAAAUAGUCCUGUUUGAGGGCAAUAUUCUGGAAAUUAAACGUUUGCUGUUUUCAUUGAAGGCAAUUUCUGUUUUGAUAAAUGAAAUUAUUUUAAUUUUAGGCAGAAGAACUCUCUAGAGAACUUUGGCCUUACUUACGGAGUGACGUACUGAGUAACAAACAACAAUAUUGGCCGCUUGUGAAGUCUGUGACCAUCAAGAUACCAAAUGUCAAAGACCUUCUGGAGCACAUUGUGCUGAUUGAUCUUCCUGGCAAUGGAGACUGCAACAAGAGUAGAGAUGAGAUGUGGAAAUCUGUAAUUAUUAGAAUUUAUUAUCAUUUCAUACACUGCAUUUACAACUACAAACAAAUUAAUUUACCUAACCCUGUAAUUUACUUAUACACUUGUAGUUGAGAUGCAAAAAAAUUUUUAUACUUCUUCAGGUUGUUGGGAGAUGCACCACUGUGUGGAUUGUGAGUGAAAUUAAUCGACCAGUGUCAGAGAAGGAAGCUUGGGAGAUCUUAGAGAAAAGUGUCAGCUACUUGGGACAUGGUGGACAAUGUCGAAGCAUCAGCUUCAUCUGCACAAAAACAGACAACAUCAAUGUGGAUUCUGACAUGUAAUACUAAGAGCACUUUUGUUAACAUUACACCAACUAUCAUUUUUACAGCUUGAAUAAAUGUUGACUCAGAAUUCAUGUUGACAGACACAAGCAUAAUCUCAUUUUAGGAACAAAGAAGAUGUCAAGAAAAAAAAGCGUGACAGUAUAUUGAGCAGAAAUAAGGUUGCCAAGGAAAAGUUGAACGAGAAAUUCAACAAGCAAAUUAAAAUCAAGGUAAAUUACAGAGCCAUAAUUUAAUGCUUUGAAAUAAAUAUUUCUUUAUUUUAUUUGUGCUCUUACUUUCUCUCACCAACCUUUCAGGAACAAUUCAACAUUGACAAGGACUUUUUCCAAGUUUUCACUGUGAGUUCCAAGCAAUACUGGAAGAAGAGUGUUUUACAGCCAGAAGACACAGGUACAGUAGAGGUCUUCCAUCAAUCUGCCACAGAGGCAACGGCAGUAAGACAUAUCACACUGGGCACAAACUGGUUUAAUCCAUGCUGUUUCAACAUAAUUUGUCAACGUAUUGUGAACUGUAAUCUACGCGUAAAAUACAUUGGAUUUGCAAAAAGGUGAGGGUGAAAUUUCAACCACAGGAUUAUGUCAUCAUGUUAACCUAUUUUCAACGUAGACAAAUCUACCUUUGAAACAACGUCAGAUCUUCAACGUUAUAUCCACUAUUAGAAAAAAACAACAGGCUGGUCAGCACCUCCUACUGGAAAGUUGAUCUAUCUACAUCUAUCCCUUUGGUCUCCCAUCCAGGGUUUUAACCAAGCCCAGCUUUGAUAUCUGUCACUGACUAUAACCAAUUUGCUACCAAGAUAAUGUUUGUUGAGGGAUCUCUACACAUUUAAAACUAAAUAAGUUCAUUGUUGCUAUUUUUAAAAGUCAUUCCAAAUUGUAGGUUCAACAGAGCAACUUAGGGUGUGUUCAUAAAUUCAAUCUGGAGUGCCAGAGUACGCUCAGAGUGCGCUCUGGGCUUUCGUAAAUGAAAGUAAAUCUCACUCUGACCAUUUUACUCGCCCUAGCAGAGCUGGUUAGGGUGUGUUCAUGUUAUCCAGAGCGUUGGUGACUGAAACUGUGCUGCUGGCAACAAUUGAAUUAUGCUUUUUUGCCGACGUUUACUGACACCGGCCAUAUUCAAUGGGUGAUGAGCGUUCGUAAAUUAAUCAGUUAUUCUGUGCUCUGGCACACUCAGACGACAGUGCUCUGAAAUCGGAGUAAAUAGCCACCCUUAAAUGUAAUCAUACUUGAUCAAUGUAAUCAUAUGUCAUCAACUAUGCUAUUUAAGACUAUAUAGCAUUUUCAAACGGUCAUCAACAGCUAUUGUUUCAAUUUAACCCAGGAUUAAAACAAAUAGACAAAACAUAUAGGCCUAUAGUUUUUCAAGCUUUGGUUGAUUUCAAAUGUAAUUUGAGUUAGUCAACAAUGGAUAUGUUGGAUUCACGUCUCCAACAACCAAAAAUCCAUAUUAAGGACUUAGCUAGUGGCACAGAUGGAAAUAUCCAAGCAGUGGAUACAUCGCCUUCAAAUAUUGAUAUUAAGUUGCAUAGACUACCAAAUACAAUUCAAUAUCACUUUUGUAGAUCAGUAAAUAGCCUAUUAAUAACUUGUAAACUAGUUAAAGGCCAAAUGCAGUCAAAAUGAUGUUUUUUAUAUCAUAUUGUACAACAGCUGAUGAAACUAACACAGUAAAAGUCAAAAAAAUAAUUAUGAGUGUAAUUCCCUGAUAGUUGCUGGUUGAAAAUACAAUCUACACAGGAACUUCUAAUCAGCUGGUUUGCAUGGGCGGGAGUUUCGGCUUUCCAUGUUGACCUCACCAUGCACUAAAUUGGUUAAUAGACAUUGCUUGGCUGGUCUGAAGAGACAGUGGAUUGCGCAGUCAGAUGGAACAGAGUAAAUAGGCAUUUUAAUGUCAUAGAUAAAGUAAAGAUGUGGUCAAUUUAGGGCUGUCAAUGUUAACGCGUAAUUUUUUUGGGACGCAGUUAAUCGCAUCUCUUUUAAGCACAACACACAAUGCGCUUUGCUGUGCUGUGCUGUAUGCUCUCAGUCUCGACAGCUAGCAGCUGUUGUAGAGCUGCCUGUCUCUCUUGUGGUGCUUAAACAUCCACUAUGCAUGGAGCUUUGAACAACAAUUUCGAAGGAAAACUUACAGAAAGUUAAACUAUUAACACAUUCCCAGGCGUUUCUUUAGAUAACAGCAAAAACUUAAUUUGCCCAGAAAUAGCUAGUGUAACGGGGGUCAGUGUGCUGCCAGCUAAAAGAUACCAAUUGGAUGGCUCCAUCUGCAACAUUUCAAGCUAGCAUAGUGCGCUUGCAGCACAUUCUUAACUUCGUUUCACUAGUAGCUAGUUAUGCUAAUGUUAGCUAGCUAGCUAACCAAAUGAGAAUUCCAUGGCUGAAUGCCUCUAGAUUCAACUCUAAUUUCCCACAAUGAUUUUGAUCAGAACAGGACAUCCAUUCCAUUUAGCUACUGUUUUUGUUGUAGUUCUCAGGUCAAAAGAUUUAAGCAAAUGAUCCCAAUUCUAGUAUUAGCAGCUUGUGAGUUCAUGUUGAGUAUCCUGGACACGUAGCCUAGGCUAGAUCUAAUAGCUGGUAUGAUAUUUUACAUGAACUCAGACCAGGCUGAUCUGUUGUUAUUUCAUUUUCUUAGAAUAUAGUUUAUUUGGGGUUUCUACCUACAACCCAAUGUGAUGUUUUUGAAAUUGGAACAUCUUUAAUUAGGGUCCAAUUUGAACAAUUUCUAUAAAUACGAUUAACUCAAUGAUUUUGUAAAAUGAUUUGACAGACCUACACUACCGUUCAAAAGUUUGGGGUCACUUAGAAAUGUCCUUGUUUUCGAUUUUUUUUUUUUUUUUUUUUGUCCAUUAAAAUAACAUCAAAUCGAUCAGAAAUACAGUGUAUACAUUGUUAAUGUUGUAAAUGGCUAUUGUAGCAGGAAACGGCUGAUUUUUUUAUGGAAUAUCUACAUAGACGUACAGAGGCCCAUUAUCAGCAACCAUCCAAGUUUAUCAUUUUAAAAGGCUAAUUGAUCAUUAGAAACCCCUUUUGCAAUUAUGUUACAGCUGAAAACUGUUGUGCUGAUUAAAGAAGCAAUAAAACUGGCCUUCUUCAGACUAGUUGAGUAUCUGGAGCAUCAGCAAUUGUGGGUUCGAUUACAGGCUCAAAAUGGCCAGAAACAAAUAACUUUCUUCUGAAACUCGUCAGUCUAUUCUUGUUCUGAGAAAUUAAGGCUAUUCCAUGCGAGAAAUUGCCAAGAAACUGAAGAUCACGUACAACGCUGUGUACUACUUCCUUCACAGAAAAGCGCAAACUGGCUCUAACCAGAAUAGAAAAAGGAGUGGGAGGCCCUGGUGCAUAACUGAGCAAGAGGACAAAUACAUUAGAGUGUCUAGUUUGAGAAACAGAUGCCUCACAGGUCCUCAACUGGCAGCUUCAUUAAAUAGUACUCGCAACACACCAGUCUCAACAUCAACAGUGAAGAGGUGACUCCGGGAUGCUGACCUUCUAGGCAGAGUUGCAAAGAAAAAGGCAUAUCUCAGACUGCCCAUCUUCUUUUUUUUGCUUUUCUUUCAAAAACAAGGACAUUUCUAAGUGACCCCAAACUUUUGAACGGUAGUGUAGUUCUGUAGCGACUUUUACUUCGAAAAUUACAUUCCAAUGAUGCAAUGAAUGGUUUCGUAAAGAUUUCAAGAAUGCCUAUCUAUAAUCAAGUAAAGUGUUAAUCGAGUGUGUGUGUGCGUCUACAUUUCAAUGUGGUUUGGUAGUUUGGUGAACCACACUUGCGUGUCUCUAUGUAUGAGUAUUCAGUUAAUUUGUUGUACGUGUGUGUGUAUGCGUGUGUCUAUGUCUAUGUCUGUGCAUGUGUGUACAUUUCAAUGUGUGCUUGUGAGUGUGUCUAUGUAAGAGUAUUCCCGUAUGAUGUACAUGAGUUUGUUUGCGUUGUAAUUGGCAGUGGGUGGUGGUAUGUGCAUCAAAAUGAGGGAAGUAGUACAAAGAACCAUAGGUAUGUUGUUUGGUAAAGUUAAUACAUUAUUCAUAAAAAAAGUUGUUACUCAAAUAAAAAAUAAAAAAGUUAACCAGUGUUCUUACAUUAACCAUUGUUUCAUACCCUGACAUCAUGUCACUGUCCUCCAAGAUUAAGUUCCCAAUACACAUUUGGAUGCCCAACGUUCUAUGGUAAAGUAAUCAAAGCCUGUAUCCUGUGACUUUGAUAUGGACCUCAUUUAAUUUGAAAUAACUGUAUAUGUGCCUACCUGGAAGCAAAAGGGUUCUACCUGGAACUAAAAAUGGUUCUUCAAAGGGUUCUCCUAUGGGGACAACCGAAGAACCCCUUUUGGUUCUAGAUAGCACAGUUUAGGUACCCUUUAAUACAAGACAUGUUUAGCCAAGAGUGUUCAUCAGUGUAGUCAUGCAGACCACAAUUGCUCCACUAAGACAUACAUUGCUGAAAACCUCUCUUUAAAUUAACAUGUUUCAGAAAUACCCAAACUUCAGGAACUUCUCAGAAAUCUCAAUGAUCGUCGCACAAAGAUUUCAGAUUAUGUUACUGGAGCCUAUGGGAUACUCUCUCUGAUACAAGGAGCCAACAACAGUGACAUGGUAUUGUACUUCCAGCAGAACAAAAUGAUUUCUUCCAGUGUAUAUACCUCUUUCGUGUAAAUAACUGUAGUAUAUUAAAAGCUUUGAGUUUGGAUUUCAGACAGACAGCAAAGAAGAGGUGUGCCAGGUUCUGGAAAAUAACCUGAAAGAGGGGCUCAAAACCAUUGGUCAAUCAAUGGAUGAGGCUUAUGAGGCUUUUGAACAAUGCCUCUCACUAGGAGUUCAACAGUCAGUAGACUCAUGUGAGAAAAUUGCCAAGGAUAAAGUGAUAGAACCAGUAAGUCACAAAUGUACACAUAUUGAAGAUAUUAGUAACAAAUUAGGUUGUUGGAAAAUAAUUGAUGCUGUGUGUUGUAAAAAGCCUAUAACAUGUUUUACAUUUUGUUUCUAGAAAGGGAAAAAAGGCAGUGGGUAUCAUAAGGUAUUGAAGACCUUAUGCAAGAAUAACGGAGUUUACAAACCAAUCAGAAAAAAGGGACAGAAAAGGCCAAGUGAAAGAAACCUUAAUGACAGUUUGGCCUCAUGUAUGAGAGGUCUCAGCAAUGAAACAUUCAAGAAAUAUUUCCCGUGAGUUACCUUUUAUUUUUUAUAAUAUCAACAGUUAUAAGAUCAACAAAGAAAAUAAUAACUAACACAAUGUUGUUGCCAGUAUCUAUUUUGUUCAUUACGCUCAGGCUACGUAUCGGCCUCUGGGACUAUUGGGCGUUCUUGCUCAGACAAGGCUACUUAGGCUACUUGCUUACUCAUUUUGUCUUCCAAGAAGAAGAAAAGUGACAAUAGUGUGCAUUCCAAUGGUUCCUGCAUGAACGCCCCCCCCCCCCCCCUCCCCGAGCACAACAUCUUCAUGCUUGUGUGACACUUUUGAAUGUGGGUCAAAAGGGAAAUGAAGGUAUCAGAGUUUUUUGCCCCAGCCUCCCAUUUACCAGAGUCUUCCUUGCUAGCUAGCGGAAGGCAGGGGCGACCGGUAGUUAGUGUCCUUCGUUCCCACCUGCCGAACACCUGCCUUCAACGUCAUUAACAGAACUGCGGGGAAACAGUGCCCGAUAGGUGGGGGUGGACACUUUCUACCGGUCGCCCCCGCCUCACGCUAGCUACACCGGCACGCAGGAGGCUGGGGUGACACCGUAUGCUAGCUAACUAGUUAGCUUGCUAGGUAGCAACACCAUGUGCUAGCUUGAUAGUUAGCUAGCUAGCACACGGUGUCGCCCCUGUCUUCCUCCUGCUGUGUACCGGAGAAAACCGUGACUGAAAAAAAAUAAAAGUGAUACUGGCAUGAGUAGUGUGCAAGUUUUUACUUUCUUUGAAGAUACCAUUAAAUUAUUCCCACACACAUGCAGCAAGCAACCUCAGAUGUGCAAGUUGUUUUCCUAUUUAUAAUAUCAACAUAACUCUGAAUUCAAUCAACAUGGAAUGAUAAGAGCCUUAUUCCAUCAAUAAACAGUACAAUUGGUAUAUUCUGGUUUCACACAAUACAGAAACGGGGACCCUUGCUUUGUUGGUUUUGAUUCCAAACAUUAUUUUUCACACAUGGUUACGGGCUUUGAUUGAAUACAUGUACAGUGGGGAGAACAAGUAUUUGAUACACUGCUGAUUUUGCAGGUUUUCCUACUUACAAAGCAUGUAGAGGUCUGUAAUUUUUAUCAUAGGUACACUUCAACUGUGAGAGACGGAAUCUAAAACAAAAAUCCAGAAAAUCAUAUUGUAUGAUUUUUAAGUAAUUAAUUUGCAUUUUAUUGCAUGACAUAAGUAUUUGAUACAUCAGAAAAGCAGAACUUAAUAUUUGGUACAGAAACCUUUGUUUGCAAUUACAGAGAUCAUACAUUUCCUGUAGGUCUUGACCAGGUUUGCACACACUGCAGUAGGGAUUUUGGCCCACUCCUCCAUACAGACCUUCUCCAGAUCCUUCAGGUUUCGGGGCUGUCGCUGGGCAAUAGGGACUUUCAGCACUCUCCAAAGAUUUUCUAUUGGGUUCAGGUCUGGAGACUGGCUAGGCCUCUCCAGGACCUUGAGAUGCUUCUUACGGAGCCACUCCUUAGUUGCCCUGGCUGUGUGUUUCGGGUCGUUGUCAUGCUGGAAGACCCAGCCACGACCCAUCUUCAAUGCUCUUACUGAGGGAAGGAGGUUGUUGGCCAAGAUCUCGCGAUACAUGGCCCCAUCCAUCCUCCCCUCAAUACGGUGCAGUCGUCCUGUCCCCUUUGCAGAAAAGCAUCCCCAAAGAAUGAUGUUUCCACCUCCAUGCUUCACGGUUGGGAUGGUGUUCUUGGGGUUGUACUCAUCCUUCUUCUUCCUCCAAACACGGCGAGUGGAGUUUAGACAAAAAAGCUCUAUUUUUGUCUCAUCAGACCACAUGACCUUCUCCCAUUCCUCCUCUGGAUCAUCCAGAUGGUCAUUGGCAAACUUCAGACGGGCCUGGACAUGCGCUGGCUUGAGCAGGGGGACCUUGCGUGCGCUGCAGGAUUUUAAUCCAUGACGGCGUAGUGUGUUACUAAUGGUUUUCUUUGAGACUGUGGUCCCAGCUCUCUUCAGGUCAUUGACCAGGUCCUGCCGUGUAGUUCUGGGCUGAUCCCUCACCUUCCUCAUGAUCAUUGAUGCCCCACGAGGUGAGAUCUUGCAUGGAGCCCCAGACCGAGGGUGAUUGACCGUGAUCUUGAACUUCUUCCAUUUUCUAAUAAUUGUGCCAACAGUUGUUGCCUUCUCACCAAGCUGCUUGCCUAUUGUCCUGUAGCCCAUCCCAGCCUUGUGCAGGUCUAGAAUUUUAUCCCUGAUGUCCUUACACAGCUCUCUGGUCUUGGCCAUUGUGGAGAGGUUGGAGUCUGUUUGAUUGAGUGUGUGGACAGGUGUCUUUUAUACAGGUAAUGAGUUCAAACAGGUGCAGUUAAUAUAGGUAAUGAGUGAAGAACAGGAGGGCUUCUUAAAGAAAAACUAACAGGUCUGUGAGAGCCGGAAUUCUUACUGGUUGGUAGGUGAUCAAAUACUUAUGUCAUGCAAUAAAAUGCAAAUUAAUUACUUAAAAAUCAUACAAUGUGAUUUUCUGGAUUUUUGUUUUAGAUUCCGUCUCUCACAGUUGAAGUGUACCUAUGAUAAAAAUUACAGACCUCUACAUGCUUUGUAAGUAGGAAAACCUGAAAAAUCAGCAGUGUAUCAAAUACUUGUUCUCCCCACUGUACAUGUAUUCAAUCAAAGCCGGUAACCAUGUGUGAAAAAUAAUGUUUGGAAUCAAAAUCAACAAAGCAAGGUUCCCCGUUUCUGUUUUGUGUGAAACCAGAAUAUACCAAUUGUACUGUUUAUUGAUUGAAUAAAGAUCUUAUCAUUCCAUGUUGAUUGAAUUCAGAGUUAUGUUGAUAUUAUAAAUAGGAAAACAACUUGCACAUCUGAAGUUGCUUGCUGCAUGUGUGUGGGAAUAAUUUAAUGCUAUCUUCAAAGAAAGUAAAAACUUGCACACUACUCAUGCCAGUAUCACUUUUAUUUUUUUUCAGUCACGGUUUUCUCCGGUACACAGCAGGAGGAAGACAGGGGCGACACCGUGUGCUAGCUAGCUAACUAUCAAGCUAGCACAUGGUGUUGCUACCUAGCAAGCUAAUUAGUUAGCUGCCCAGCCUCCUGCGUGCCGGAGUAGCUAGCGUGAGGCGGGGGCGACCGGUAGAAAGUGUCCACCCCCACCUAUUGGGCACUGUUUCCCCGCAGUUCUGUUAAUGACAGAUUUCUGGAUUUUUGUUUUAGAUUCCGUCUCUCACAGUUGAAGUGUACCUAUGAUAAAACUUACAGACCUUUACAUGCUUUGUAAGUAGGAAAACCUGCAAAAUCGGCAGUGUAUCAAAUACUUGCUCUCCCCACUGUAGGUCCCGUAUAGCUCUAAUUAAAACAUAAUUUAUUUCAGAAAUCAAGGCAAGGACAGCUCAAUCAAUUAUUUGAUUGAUAACUUCACCCUUGACACAAACCGCUUGGUUGAGAAGCACCCAGAAGUGUCACUGCAUCUGACAUUCCUCAAGACGGAGGUAGGGUGCGAUAUUUGUAUUCACUCAAAACUACUGGAAAGGUUUAAUUACAGCAAAUAGGCUUUCAUUUGUGCUAUCAUGUGAACUCCUUCGUCAUGCCAAACAUUUGUUUUGGAUGACAAGGAGUGGCAAGAAGUGGCAUGACUGCUAGGCUACUGUCAUUUGGCCUAGAGACCUUAUUCACCCUGAACGUGCUCCCCAAAUAUGGCUAGUGCGGUAAAUAGUAAACCGUGGAGUCUUUAGAACGGGUAAUGAUGACAAUGUGCUAACAGCUAAUCUAAUAUACAGGUGACACUUCUGUAGGUUUUUUUGUGUUUUAAAUGGAGCACUUUCUACCCCUUUAGAAAAUGAACGUUAAUCAAUGAAUAAUGGCCACCGCAUGAAUACAGUCUAUUUAUUGGCCCUCAAUUUGCCAUCUGAUCCUUUCCCCCCAGAGCAUUUAGCAAAGCUUGUCAAAUUGUAGUUACGUUGCUAGUGUGAUGUUAUGAUGAUUCAUAUUAUUAUUAUAAUUAUUAGUCAAGAGAAUCCAAAUAUAGUUAACGACAAUGUUGUUGAAUAAUAUUUUCUGUCUGAAAGGAAACCAAAUUGAAGGCAAAACUAAAGAUGGACAUCCGUGAGAAGAAGAAAGAAAUCUACAACAUUCUCCCAAAGUCAAUUAGUGACACAAUGCGCCCAUGCUAUGAAAGUAGGUUUUGAGAUUGAUAUUUAAUAAGCUAUUCAAUAGUAUUCAUCUACAGUGCACAGAAACAUUGACCUAGAAUUGGGAUAACAUUUCGGAUAACACAUUUUUUUCUACAAUUUCAUUAGCAGUAUUUCAGUAGCAAAUCAGGUCAUACCAUGGUUGUGAAAUGUGCUGUCUGUAUUUUAGGGGCAGCACAGUUAACGGGAACAGACAGUCUGGAGAAUAUGCGAAAGGAACUGAGGAAUCACUUGAAGGAAUCUAAGGGAGAAAUGUUCAACAAGGCCAAGAAAGAGAUGCUGGAUCUCCUCAAAGAAAUGAAGGUUUACCUCCCCCUUUAUUUUACCAUUCAG